AGUUCAUGGAUGACUGUACAAGCAAAUUUGGCAACACAGCUUUGUAAGUUGUUAUUUGAAAUUUGAAAGCGUCUGGUUUUAAACAGUCAAUUUUUUUUUGUGGUGCGAAAUAUCUUAUCAUUAUGGCUUCAGAGAAACAAGAAGAAGAUGUCGAGCGAAUCGUUAAUUGUAUCAACAGCUGUUGGCCGGACUCUUCCUUUACUUACAUGGAUAUCCGUAAACCGUGUGGUGAAAAAUUCCGUGAUGUACUUAAAAAAUUUCUUAAAGGCUUUCUGGGUGGCAAUUACCAACUACCCACUGUCAACAUGAAUCAAUUUUCACGGAAUCCUGAAAUGUUUCAACACUUGGAGGGCAAUAUGUCACUAUUUCGUGAAAUCAAUAAUAUCUUGAAGCAUCUUGGAUAUACCAAAUUUAAAUAUGGAGAUAUGAUAAAACCGACAUCAAAUAUUGUCAGAGAUGUAUUACUGAACUUAGUAAACUUCCUUGCAUACUUUGAAGCUGAAGAAACCCACAAAGAGGAAAUUGAAGAAGAAGUUCAAAGAAUCAAACAUCAAGUUAUAAACAAUGAAAAGCGUCUGAUUGAAGAGGAGCGCUAUUUAAAUAAAUGCAGACAGACUGACGAAGAGAAGAAAAUUUUGGGGGCGGAAUUACGACAUAUCUUGGUUAAGCAAAAAGAAAAGCAUUUGAAAAUUGAGGCGGUUGUUACAAAGCUAGAAGAAGAAGUGGAUGAUUUCACCAAAAGGAUGCAUGGCAUUACUGUAAGGAUAGAGCAAGCUGCCAACACAUUAAAGCAGGUGGAAGGGGAAAAAGAAAGAGCAGCAGAAGCAGUUGUUCCUGAUCCAGAUGCAUUACAAGCAGAGCUCAGUAAAAGCCACUCUGAUAAGGAAAAAGUAGAGGCGGACUUUAUGUGCCUAAAAAACCGAUUGCCAAUUCUUGAGCAGCAGAUACAAGAUCGCACAAUGCAACUUCAGGAGCAUAAAGAGACCCACCAACGCCUAGCACAAGUCAAAACCAGAGAAUCGAAAAUAAAGCUAGAGUGGCAGAAAACUGAGCUUGGUUAUCGACAAGUGGACGAAGAGAAACAGAUCCUGGAAAACCAACUGAAGAAAGAUACGAGUUUAAUAGAAAGCAAAAAGCGUAUGUUUGAUGAGUACAAUCAAAAAGUAGAACAACUAAGAGGCCAACUCGAAAAAGCACGAUCAGACGUGAAACAAUGCAUGAAUGAAGACGAAUGUCGCAAAAUGCAGUUACAAGCACGUAUUCAAGCUAUGGACAGCGAAGUUGCUCAGUUGAAUCACGAUUUGAAUUCCGGUCAGAAAGCCCUUGAAGAAGGAGCUGCAAUUUUCGAAGCCAUACAUCACAAGCAUCAACAACAGAUGGCUGAACUUUCUCGCAAGUACGAAGAACGAUUCGAAACCAUCCAACAUCACUUGACAAAUGGGAAUUUCCCCAUGUUUUCUUCAUAGUUUUUUGUCACACGUACGCAUGUCGUCAUUAAAGAAUGUCAACCUACAUUUGUUUUUUGUUACCAAUACCACUCAAAUUUAUCCAUUAAAUAUUUGUAAAAACAGG